GGCGAUGAGGCCGCACAUUGGGUGGAAUUGACAUCUGCAGACGGGGCCCCGGAGACUGAGAAAGGGCUGUCAGCCCUUACGCAGGUCUCCAACAACCUCGUGGCCACCUGCGCUCUGCAGCAGGAGGAAAUCCUUCACCUGCAGCAGACGGUGGACCAGAUGCUCGCACGGUUGCAGGCGUUGGAGAAACAGCCAGCUGCUGUAGCAGCCGCAGGGCCUUCCACCCUUACCACCCGUGUGCAAGUUUUGGAGGAUGACGUCAGCAACAUCAAGCGUGUGCAUCCCGCCGCAUCCUCCCGGCGCCCACCCAAGCUGGAUGACAUUCCCGUCUUCUGCGAUCAGUCCAAGACGAAACCGAUCCCGUGGUGGCGCCAGUUUACUCUCAGGCUCGACAUGCACCAUGUCCCAAACAACGAUCGACAUCCGUGCUUGUACCACCGAUCUGGUGGUGCGUGUCAAGCAUGGCUGGACAACAUCUUGACCAGCCACGGCGUAGCAGUGUGGGAACUGCACACCAAGCUCACUUGGCAGGAGUUGACCGACGCCUGGCACAAACGAUUCCAAGUGGAGCCGCCCGACCUGCAAGCGAUGGACAAGCUCAACAAGCUCCAUCAGAACACGCUGCUCAAUCAGGACUGGAUUACCGAGUUCCAAAGACUCGCCUCCACACCUGACCUGCCGCUUGCAUUCCGCGCCAUCAAACACUUGUUUAUUAUGCGCUCGUGUCCAGCUCUGCAAAACGCGCUGACGCAGAUUGCAGAGACACUCGACACAUCUGACAAGCUUUUCAGCACAGCGUCACGGAUCAUUCUCACGAAUAUCGAAGCCCGCAACGGCGACCGAUCUUCUGCGAUGACGAGCGACACCCAGCCCAAGCCAAAGGUGGCUUGCAUUACUUCUACCGAGGCUGCAACACCAAACGGGGGUGAAGUGUUGGCAGCUGCCCGGGAUGGUGGCCGGCCGCGCAACAACCACGGCCGCGACAAGACGAAGACUCAGUCCACCUCUACACCGAGCACCGGAUCAGCCGCCRACGAACCUUGGGCACAAUACGGACUCUUGGCGAAUUCUUAUCGCACAAGACUCAAGUACCGUUACUGCCUUUAGUGCAACACCACCAUCCACGAUGCUGCACAUUGCCCCACCAAAGGGAAACCCCGUCACGGAAAGUAGGCGCCGCCGAGGGUGAUUCGACACCUCCCUCGACGCCAUCGGAAGCGGUUGUGCGCACGACCGCCCUUUCUUCCGAGGCAUAUGCGGAUGUCGGGAGUCUUCCACUUUCGUUCGAAGACUUCGCUGCCCGGCUCGUUCCUUCACUGGAUGCUACUCAAGGACAAGAUACAUGUGCGGCUUUCUCACCGUCCGAAGGUUUCUCCGCCAGUUCGUCUUCAUCAAGGGAUUCGGCAAGUGUGUUAAACGAGGAGGCUUUGGACCCGCUCACGCCCGAGGACUUCGUUUGGAUUCCUCUCCCUACGACGGGCAACCUUCCGGGGCCGCAAAGCGCAGCCCUAUGCG